AUGGGGGAAGUUGCUCACAAGGAAGCAGAAUUUGAUUUCAGAGUCAUUGGCGACGGACGAAGUGCGACUGCGAGAUACGCCAACAAUUCAAACUAUCGAAAUGACUCCCUCAUCCGUAAAGAGAUGUGUGUCAGUUCCCUCCUAAUUUCCGAGAUAAAGCGCAUCAUCAAGGACAGCGAAAUCAUGAAAGAAGAUGAUUCACGGUGGCCGCAAAAGAAUAAAGAUGGAAGACAAGAACUGGAAAUAAGGCUGGGAAGUGACCACAUCCAAUUCGAGACUGCGAAGAUUGGUUCCCUGGGAGACGUCACUGACUCUGCAGACCCGGAAGGACUGCGAGUCUUUUACUAUCUGGUGCAAGAUUUGAAAGCUCUCGUGUUCUCUUUGAUCUCGUUACACUUCAAGAUCAAGCCAAUCUAA